AUGAACGAUCCAGCACCAUUCUCUGGCAUCCCCAACCAGAACAUGUUCAUGGCCACCAAUGUCAAUGUGUCCCUUGGCGUCCCCACUGAGAUUGGCAACCGCAACUACAACGCACAGUUCUUAUCAGGAGGUUGCCGCUUGACCGAGUGGAUACCAUUGACCAACACUUACUUCCCCGUGUCGUACAGCACAAUCCCUGCGUUACCAACAUGCUCUGCACCCAACUCCACCCUCAAGGUCGACUUUGGCAACGACAUGAGCAAGUUCAAGAUGUUCAAGGACGACUCUGUUCAAGUGAUUGUGGAUGCCAACAACUCGACCAACGUGACCUAUGGCAGCAAUUACUCAAUGCAGUCGGAAUGCUUCACCAAGAGCUUGUACGCAGUUUACUCUACUGUCAAGCCAGUCUACUAUGUCUACACGACCGACCCAACUUGCGUCGGUAUCAUCCACAUGUACGUUCAGAACUACGACCAGUUCUCGAGCAUCAAGAUGGUCGACACGUUCAACACAUCCAACGUUUUCUACGCCGAUGCCAACGGCGAGUUCAACGGACUGUACUACGCGGGCUCGUGGCAGUUGGCCACCGUGGACAAGUGCGGCAAGACCUUUACCCAGCAGGUCCAGAUCCUCGAGUCCAGCACCUCGCUCGACACCAAUUUCCUCACAUUCGAGAUCACCAACCUCAAUGAGCCAAUGACCUGCACAUCCAUUGGCAACAUGUCAAUCCUGCCAAUUUAUAAGGGCUUGCGCGGUAGCAAGGCUACAUUCACCAACUUCUCCAACAGUAACUCAUACCUCUCUAUACCAUUCCACUAUCCAACGUGCACCAGAUACACACCCACAGUGUACUACUCAUACGCCGGUGCCUACAACUUCUCCACUUUGACAUUGUUGCGCAAUGCAUCAUGUACACAAUCGACAGAUGGUCUAGUGCGUCUUGACAUCAUUGGCAACUACACACUGGCAUUGGUCACUAUCAAUGGUGGCUUCUACUCUCCUGCCGCCAACUACUCCCUUGGACCUGGAAAGUACAACUUCCAGCUACAAUACACUGGAAUGUACUUCUGCUAUCAAUAUCUCACCAUCGAAGUGUUUAACAACAAUCCAAGCUAUGAGAUCAAGUACACGACAUCGCCACAGAGCACUACUGAUUGUAGCGUGAAGAGUGGCAAGUUCUAUUUGCAAGAGGAUGAGUCCAACUUCAACUCGGUGAUACUCAAUGGUAUCAAGUCUGAUUCAGGUCAGGGUGUAUGGACGACUGGUUCAUUCAAGCAGGGCACAUUGGUAUUCAAUCACACAGUCUGUGGCGUGGGUAUCAUCAAUUACAUCAACCUAACGACUGUCUGGAAUGGCGUCACGAUCCAAGUCGACACGGCCACACCCCCAAUGUGUGACAGGUUCUCUAGUGGUGGCGAUGGUAUUGCACCAAUCAGUCUCACUGUCUUCGACAAUAGUCUGCCUAUAACACAACUCUCGAGCGACAACUCCUCGCUCACAUUGUCCAACGGCCUCAAGUCGAUUGGCAGUGUGGGCAGUGGCCGCCACUGGAUCUGGGUCAAGAGCACCUACUGUCUGUGGAACAAGAAGAUUGAGGUCAAGGGCGACUACUCCCCCUCGUACGCCGCCACCGUCUCCAAGUACCCCGACCCUGGCAUGUCCAACGGUGUGAUCAACAUCGUCCCGCUCAAGGUGUCCUCCGCCAUGAUCAACUCGGUCUCCACCACCUCUGGCAACGUCGGACCGGACAAGACAACUGUUGUCGGUUGGAAUGAAUAUAAUAUCAUCAAGCUGACUAUCCAGGACUACACUGGUUGCAGGACAUUGCUCAGUGUCAACACGACCCCACCCGCGUCCCAGUCACCAAAGCCCUUCUACACAACCACGUCGGCCAAACGCUGCGGACCACCCGCGACCAUAGUCACAUUUGACGCGUACAGUUUAGCCAACUUUGAGAUCAACGUCAACAAUGUUGCACCAGAUAACACUGGUUCAAUCACUUUGUUCAACGACAACUACCGUUACCGCCACCGCCAGCUCACCUCCACUGUCAUCUAUGAGUCGACCUUGAUCCUGAGCGAGCCCAUGGUCCUCCCCAUCAGCCCCCUAAAGUACACCGUCUCCAACGAGACCUGUACCAACAGCUUUGAUGGCAGUGUGACUGUAACCGGCGCAGACUGGGCCAACUACCAAUACACAUUGCUCACCAAGAGCAAUGGAUAUCUGUCGGCGGCCAACGUUGACCAGUUUGGCGGCACCGUCACCUUUGUCCAGCUGUCGGCCCAGACGUACACCUUGUACGUGUACAGUCGCAACAACACAUACUGUCUUCAAACAGUUGAUAUCUUGGUCGCUCUGUCUGAGCCUAAGAUCGACAUUCUGACACCAAUGAUCUGUGACAUGGCCAAGGGUGGCAGCAUCACGAUCAAUGUGAGCCCACCAACCGCCAUCGGAACUGUGACGUUUGGCGAGCAGACCAUGACUGCGCCCCUGCAACAAAAUGUCAUGACCAACGUGUCGGCUGGCCUCUACGUCGUCACGGCAACACUCACACACGCCAACGGACAAUGUCCACGCAAGUACACCAAGUACGUGAGCGUCGUCAAGAAGCCGUACUUCUUGCGCGCCUACGCCCCCGAGUGUGGCGCCGUCAUCUUUGACACCAACGCCACGCUCAACGUCGCCACUAUCCAACUGUGGACCGACACCGAUCAGGUCGUUGUGCCACAAUUCGCCAGGGCGUUCACUCAGACCAGUGUGUUUGAUCAGUUAGAGACUGGCCGCUACAAGGUCGUCGUGUUGGAGAACUCUGGAUGCAUGCUCCAGACUGACGUGAUCAGUGUGACCAAGUGUGUGGCACCGACCACCUCCACCACCACCGGUUGGACAUCAUGGCAGACAUCAGCAACCACAUCAGAUUUUACUACUACUACAACAGGCGGUGUUACAACAGGCUCGGCAUCAACUUCAUCACAUGUCACCGGUGGCGUGAUCAGCACCACAACUGGACUCAACCAUGGAGCUAUCUCGUCCCCAUUGACUCAACUCCAUUUUAUGAUUGUUACAAUCACCAUCAUUAUCCUCUUUGCUUUAAGUUCAUAA